UCGCUCUACUCUGCUCAACGCUUCGAGAUGGGUCAAAGCGAGCAGUACUUCAUCUAACAAAAGCCAACCUGUGACCCUUGACAAAAUGUGUGUUCGUGGCGGGAAGGAAGGACAUGCUACUUAAGAGUCAGCGACUUGCUUCCAGCAUACUCGAAAAUCCCCGCCCAGCUCCACAGAGCUUGUUUUCACACCUCAGUUUCAUUUUCCAAGCGAAGACCCUGUCCAUUACGUCGACUAUGGACAUCCUGGAACUUGUUCACGACGACUAUCGGCUGGAGCAUCGGCCCUUCCAAUGCGCCUUCGCAGGAUGUUCCAAGGCUUUCGCUCGGCGGUCGGAUUUGGUCAGACAUGCACGCAUUCACAAUGACGACCGCCCGUACAGCUGUCCUAUAGCCUCUUGUGGCAAGUCGUUCAUUCAAAAGUCGGCGUGCAUGGUGCACAUCAGGACCCACACAGGCGAGAAACCACACGUUUGCGACACAUGCAACAAGGCCUUCUCCGACUCGAGCUCCUUGGCUCGUCACCGUCGGGUCCACUUUGGACGCCGCCCCUACCGUUGCUUGGUCGAUGGCUGCGGCAAGGCUUUCUGCCGUAAGACAACGCUUACCAAGCACUCCCGCCGAAGCCAUUCAGCCCUGCUCAGUGAGGAAGCACUGAAGUUGAAGCGCAAGGAAAAGGUGUCGGACGCCUCCUUCGACUCAGCCUUUCCCAUUAGCCCGUCAGCGCUGGCAAUGCAAGCUCGCACGGGCAUCGCUCGUGACACAACAUUCGGCGCCUCCAGCAUAUUACCGGCCUUGACCAACGGUUUCGAAUCCAGUGGCAGCAGCGACUCGACCGUAACCAGCCCAGGAGGCGCCUUCAGUACAGAUAGCCCGUUCAGCUCGCUGCCCGGCAGUCCUUACAGCGCACACAGCACUGCCGGCUUCGACAAUGUUCACGUGUCGCUACUAUCGUCCUUUUCACCGUCGACCACAAUGCCAAUGCUGAAGCCUCAGCUCACUCCGAAUCACCUGUCCCUAAGCAUGUCAGGUAUGCACGCUGGACUCGGCGCACAUGCGGGCCCGAUGUCAUGGCCAUACGAUCCACUUCCACCCGUAAUCAACGCUACAGCGUGCGACUUCGAGCGUUACACACACAACAGGCCGUCUCACUCUGGCUCGCACCGUUCGUAUUACAGGAAUGCAAUGUUCAGACACACAGAGUAGUGCCAACUCAACAUUGAUCAACCGCAUUUUCCCUCAUCGAGUAGAAUGGACUACCAGGGGACAACCGUCCUUGUUACAUUUACGAUCUAGAGUUAAUUCUUCAAAGUCAACCUUCAAUUGCUUUUUACCCAU